UAUCUCAUUGUGGUUUUGUUUUGCAUUUCCCUGAUGACCAGUGACGCUGAACAGCUUCUCGUGUAUGUGGCCAUUUGUAUGUCUUCUUGGGAGACAUGUCUACCUAUAGCUUGGUGGUGAGAGAGUCAACGGUCGGUCACAUACCCUGGAGCCCCCAGGGCCCAGGCAGGUUUGACAUCUACAGGAAGGUGCCCAAGGACCUCACGCAGCCGACAUACACUGGGGCCAUUAUCUCUAUCUGCUGCUGCCUCUUCAUCCUCUUCCUCUUCCUCUCGGAGCUCACCGGAUUCAUAACGACGGAAGUCGUGAAUGAGCUCUACGUUGAUGACCCGGACAAGGACAGUGGGGGCAAAAUUGACGUCAGCCUGAACAUCAGUUUACCCAAUUUGCACUGUGAAUUGGUCGGGCUCGACAUACAGGAUGAGAUGGGCAGGCAUGAGGUGGGGCACAUCGACAAUUCGAUGAAGAUCCCACUGAACAACGGGGCCGGCUGCCGCUUUGAGGGGCAGUUCAGCAUUAACAAGGUCCCGGGCAACUUCCACGUGUCUACACACAGUGCCACGGCCCAGCCACAGAACCCGGACAUGACUCAUGUCAUCCACAAGCUGUCCUUUGGGGACACACUACAGCGCUUCUGUGUUAUUCCUUCGGAGCGUGGGCCUGCAGUUUUGACGGUACCAGUGCACUUGGACCCUUGGGUUGAGACCUGGAGCCUGGGGAAAGGGACGCGCUUUUCACGAGCCAGUACUACGUGCUGGUGCUCUCUCCGUGCCAGUGUGGCCUUACGAGGAUUUUCUUUAAAUGAAAAAAAUCUACCCAUCCAUCAUCCACGUGACAAAUAUUUAUUGAGCACCUGCUACGGACAUUGCGUGCCUUAUGCACGUUGCCGAGGACAAGCAUGGUCCCUGCCCGUGUGGAACUUACAGUCCGGAGGGGAAAACAGAAGUUACUCAAAUGGUCAUACAAAUGAAUGUGAGGUCCAGAAUGUCCACGGAGCUUUCAACGCUCUCGGGGGAGCAGACAGACUCACCUCCAACCCUCUCGCCUCCCACGACUACAUCUUGAAGAUCGUGCCCACCGUGUACGAGGACAAGAGCGGCAAGCAGCGGUAUUCUUACCAGUACACCGUGGCCAACAAGGAGUACGUAGCCUACAGCCAUACGGGCCGCAUCAUCCCUGCCAUCUGGUUCCGCUAUGACCUUAGCCCCAUCACGGUCAAGUACACGGAGCGACGUCAACCUCUGUACAGGUUCAUCACCACGAUCUGUGCCAUCAUCGGUGGGACCUUCACUGUGGCCGGCAUUCUGGACUCCUGUAUCUUCACAGCCUCGGAGGCCUGGAAGAAGAUCCAGCUGGGCAAGAUGCAUUGACGACCCACCCGGCCCAAUGGCCGAGGACCCAGGGAGACCGCCAGCCCUGCUUCCAGCGCCCUGUCUCCUCCUGCCCUCUUACCUGGCCCAGGAUCUGGCUGCGUCCCAAAGUGGGGGUUGGGGGAGGUAGGGGGUGGCUCACGGUUUUGCAGCUACCUCUUUUCCCCAUCUUUAAUUUUAGAUGAAUUACACUGCCUGAAGUGGUGGUGCCCCUUUUCCUGGGGAGCCCCAACACCAGAGUCAGGCAGGGUGGGUUCGGGGAUAUCGGGGACCACUCCCGGGAGGGCUGCAGUCCCUUCCUUCUUAGGGGAACAGCCCAGAAUCCAUGUCGACCAGCUCUCAGCCAGGCUUUGACAAUCUUGAAGCUCCCACCAUUUGGAUGCACCAAUCACUUGGUUUCUGCCCUGGGCAGCCAGCCCGCAGACCAGGGCUCUUUGCUUUGGGUCAUGCUGCCCAAAGCUGCCUCCCCUCGGCACCUUCAACAAAGGACGGUACUUCCCAGGUGAGCCCCUGAGGUGUGGCGCCAUAGAUGGAACCCUCGCUUUUGCUCUUCCCUUCUCGCCCAUCCCAGAGCCCGGGCUCACGUCCCUCACCCCCACCCAUAUCUUCUUCUUCUGAGAAGUAGAUGCCCAGUGGUCACGUAGCAGCGGUGGAGACUUGGGUCUGCCCAUUGGAAACUGGCCGGGUGGCGAGUUCCCUUUCCUCUCUUCCCCUUGUUUCUCGGAACCCCCCACCAAUUGUGCCUCAGCCCCUGUGCUGUGUGGCAACAGCAUCUCUUGGUGGAGGGGCUGGUUUUAAAUGGGGAGUCAUCCUUUGAACAACAGACAUGGUUUGUGUGCUUAUGUCCAGACAGAAAGUAUCCUUCUCUGCAGCCCUAAUAAAAUCAUGUCUCACCAUCUCCCACACACUUGCCAUCAAUCCCAAGGGCUUCAGUGGGGGAAGCAAAGCAGACCAGUCCUUCUCCUGUUGUUGGAGAUGGGGCCACACAGCAACAUGUUUCUGGUCCCUAGGGCAGCUCCAUUGUCUCCCCACUUGCUCCUGAGCUGGGUCCCUCCCCUGCCGCUCACCCUCAUCCUUCCCCUUCAGCCCUGAGAGGGAGCAGCAAUGGUCCAGGCAUGAAUUCCACCCAGGGAAUUUUAGGUAUGCCCUUGUGUCCCAGGGAGAGAGCUGCCUGCCUGUUUUCCAUUUAUAUCAAGAUUGUUUGCAUACUUUUGUAAUUAAGGGGAGUGUCUGGUGGAGGUUUUUAAAUUAUCUAUAUAGCUCAAGUCUGCCAUUUGUAAUUUUUGGCUCUGGAUUCCAAUUAGAAAAGUGUCCCCUUCUGCAUAUGAGUUGACUGAUGUUGUGAGUGUAAACUGCAUUUGGUUAUCUCUGGUAUCUGUGGCCACUUGGAUGGAUUUUUUUUCCCAUAUUCUGUUCCCCAGUUACUGAAAGGAAUCUCUUUGGUGUGUGAAUACCUGCACCUGUAGAGGGUGGGCAGGGUGGGGUGGGGAAAUGUGUGGCACGCACAGGAGUUGAAGUUCCACUUUUAUGCUUUUUAAAAAACAAACUCUUGAGGACAUGGGGGGUGUCAGUUUCCUAUGGAAGAGACACCUCUGACCCUUUAUUCUUAUAAACAGUCUCAAGGGGGGAAAAUGAUUUAGUUCUUUCCCCACUCGUUGGGCUCAAAUAGAUUAAAAGGCUGAUUUUCAGAAGUA